AUGGCCUCGUUGCUUGAAUCGGAAGCGGCCUUGAGAGCGCGGGCUGCAGAACAUGGACUGACAAGUGACGAAAUCAACGGGCUCAUCAGUCAGGGACUGACCACGUUGUCCCGUGUGGCUUUUGCAGUCACAACCCCUGGUGUGAACCCGGAUGACGGGGCGCUAAGACGCCUCCUGAAUGCAGCAGAGCCUGACCGAGUGAACCUUGGCAGCUUAGCGUGUGUGCGCCGCUUAGUGUUCGAAGCACAGACCAUGGCCAUCCACCAAGUGCGAAGCAACUUGGAGAACACUGAAGGAUCCCAAAAGCCAGAGCUUGUUCCUGCUGAACGUGCUUCUCGCAUAAGGGAGCAAGCUAGGCGGCUGAACGGUUACAAUGAUUGUGUGAUGUAUCCCGCGCCCAACAAAUUCACCACGAGGUCCAGUGAGGUAGCCAGAGACAAGCCGCCCAAGGAUUUGGUGGUCGACGCGAAGAUGAACCUCAAAGUGACUUCGGGCCAGAGAGAUGACAGAUCGGGGCCGAAGUUGGAACAUCCAUGGAGCCUGGACGCCCGUGGCGAGAUCACAUGUGACCCGCCAAAGCAGGCGAAUGUGGGUGCCUUCCCAGCAAAUUUGGCAAAGGAUCGUGCGGAGACAAUGCGCAGGAGACUGGCAGACUCGGCGCGCAAGGCCGUGUGGUAUUCGAGCAAGAAAGGGGGGGACGAAGACACGGUCCGUGCAGUGUAUGACGCAAGCCGGGAGGAGCUAAGGGCCUGCCUCACCAGGAGAUUCGGAGUGUCCCAAAACUCGGUGGGCGAGGAUGGUCGGCCUGUCAAGAAGGCUCUCAGCGUUCUGAUAGACCUUGGAGAGUGCCAUCUGUGCUCCCUGGCCUUGGAGAAUACGCCUCAGCGCAAGCAAGCCUUGAUGAGCUCCAUCACGGAUCUCCUUGACAAGGGGAAGGUUUUGGUGCGGUUGAAUUUGGACGGGUUUUGGUUCUUUUGUGCCUGUGAUGCUGCGGGAUUGCAGGCGAACCCCAUGAUGCUGAUGUUGCACCUUGGCUCAAGUAGUCAGAUAAGGAAGGCUUUGGCCUACACGUGCAGGAACACCCAAGGGGUGUAG